GUCAAGGAGAGUGCCCAGAACGCUGUGUAUGUCAAUGUAGCAGAGCUCGGCAGAAACAUCUCUGAGUCCCCUCCCUGCUCUCCUCCAUACCUGGCCUCUGAGGGAUGGGAGGUGCACACUGACCAGGAGAGUGGACGGGAGUACUUCUACCACCCCGAAUCAGGGCAGACCACCUGGGACAACCCCACCGAGGUGUCUGUGUGUUCGCCCUCCUCUCAGUCCCCCUCCCUGUCCCCCAUCUCCGCCUCCCCCCCUGCAUGGAACUCUGACUGGGAGCAGUGUUUGGAUGUGACCAGCGGCUGCCAGUACUUCUAUAACCCAGUAUCGGGGGAGACGUCUUGGGAGCCCCCAGAGCCACAGUGCCCCUAUCCCCCUCUGAUGGAGCCUCUGAGUGGGCUCAGCUCCCUGGAGGAAGGGCCGGUAAGGCCUGCUCCACUUAGACACUCACUUAGUCUAUUUUAGUUUCACCAUGGGAGGUCUACAAAUAAUACGCUCAUCUUUUUAAAGAAGUUAUCCUCCUGCUAAGUCCGACACCUACAGUACAUAGCAGACAGUUGGUUUUCAUAGAUGUACAGUGGGGGGGAAAAGUAUUUAGUCAGCCACCAAUUGUGCAAGUUCUCCCACUUAAAAAGAUGAGAGAGGCCUGUAAUUUUCAUCAUAAGUACACGUCAACUAUGACAGACAAAUUGAGAAAAAAAAUCCAGAAAAUCACAUUGUAGGAUUUUUAAUGAAUUUAUUUGCAAAUUAUGGUGGAAAAUAAGUAUUUGGUCACCUACAAACAAGCAAGAUUUCUGGCUCUCACAGACCUGUAACUUCUUCUUUAAGAGGCUCCUCUGUCCUCCACUCGUUACCUGUAUUAAUGGCACCUGUUUGAACUUGUUAUCAGUAUAAAAAACACCUGUCCACAACCUCAAACAGUCACACUCCAAACUCCACUAUGGCCAAGACCAAAGAGCUGUCAAAGGACACCAGAAACAAAAUUGUAGACCUGCACCAGGCUGGGAAGACUGAAUCGGCAAUAGGUAAGCAGCUUGGUUUGAAGAAAUCAACUGUGGGAGCAAUUAUUAGGAAAUGGAAGACAUACAAGACCACUGAUAAUCUCCCUCGAUCUGGGGCUCCACACAAGAUCUCACCCCGUGGGGUCAAAAUGAUCACAAGAACGGUGAGCAAAAAUCCCAGAAACACAUGGGGGGACCUAGUGAAUGACCUGCAGAGAGCUGGGACCAAAGUAACAAAGCCUACCAUCAGUAACACACUACGCCGCCAGGGACUCAAAUCCUGCAGUGCCAGACGUGUCCCCCUGCUUAAGCCAGUACAUGUCCAGGCCCGUCUGAAGUUUGCUAGAGUGCAUUUGGAUGAUCCAGAAGAGGAUUGGGAGAAUGUCAGAUGAAACCAAAAUAUAACUUUUUGGUAAAAACUCAACUCGUCGUGUUUGGAGGACAAAGAAUGCUGAGUUGCAUCCAAAGAACACCAUACCUACUGUGAAGCAUGGGGGUGGAAACAUCAUGCUUUGGGGCUGUUUUUCUGCAAAGGGACCAGGACGACUGAUCCGUGUAAAGGAAAGAAUGAAUGGGGCCAUGUAUCGUGAGAUUUUGAGUGAAAACCUCCUUCCAUCAGCAAGGGCAUUGAAGAUGAAACGUGGCUGGGUCUUUCAGCAUGACAAUGAUCCCAAACACACCGCCCGGGCAACGAAGGAGUGGCUUCGUAAGAAGCAUUUCAAGGUCCUGGAGUGGCCUAGCCAGUCUCCAGAUCUCAACCCCAUAGAAAAUCUUUGGAGGGAGUUGAAAGUCCGUGUUGCCCAGCGACAGCCCCAAAACAUCACUGCUCUAGAGGAGAUCUGCAUGGAGGAAUGGGCCAAAAUACCAGCAACAGUGUGUGAAAACCUUGUGAAGACUUACAGAAAACGUUUGACCUGUGUCAUUGCCAACAAAGGGUAUAUAACAAAGUAUUGAGAAACUUUUGUUAUUGACCAAAUACUUAUUUUCCACCAUAAUUUGCUAAUAAAUUCAUUAAAAAUCCUACAAUGUGAUUUUCUGGAUUUUUUUUCUCAUUUUGUCUGUCAUAGUUGACGUGUACCUAUGAUGAAAAUUACAGGCCUCUCUCAUAUUUUUAAGUGGGAGAACUUGCACAAUUGGUGGCUGACUAAAUACUUUUUCCCCCCACUGUAAUUAUCCUCCUGCUAAGUCCUAUACCUACAGUACAUAGCAGACAGUUGGUUUUCGUAGAUGUAAUUAUCCUCCUGCAAAUUACCACACCUACAGUACAUAGCAGACAGUUGGUUUUCAUGGAUUAUGUAAUUCUCCUCAAACUAGUAGGCAUUCUGUACAUUCUCACAUUGACCUCAUUGUGAACUUUCUGCAAAUGGCAUUGUUGCGUUUUCACCAUUCUAAAGAGGCUUGUGAAAGAAAAAGCUGAAAACUGUCUAAACUGUUGAGUUGAAAUGAGGAUCUUUGAAAAGGUCAAAGGAAGCUUGAGGGAAAGUUAUCCAUUGUCCUGGUCUCGAUCUGUUUUGAAGCAGAACACUGAAUGUAACAUUCUCACAACGUGUGUGUGUGUGUGUCUGUCUGUGUACAUGUGUAUGGGUGUGUGCGUGUGUGUCUGUACACACCUGUGUGUGCGUGAUGUGUGUGCAAUGCAUAAUAUGUGUGUGUGUCCAGCCUCCCCUGCCUGAGGAGGACUACCCAGACCCAGCCGAGGCUGACCUACCAGAAGAGGAGUUGUUGGCUGUGUCCCCUGUGACCCCUCACUCCUUCCCUAAGGACCCCAGCCUUGUGAUCCAGGCGGUCAUCCCCAGGGCCAGCCUGGACAGGAGCGCCCCGACGGGCUGGAACCUCAACAUAGACCCUGAUGGGACCUGGGUGUUCUCCAGCAGACACUCACCUGAUCAGGUACACAGAACCUUUAUUUAGAUGAUGUUUAUUCUGGUUAGUCUCAUUGACCCGUUAUUUAGACUAUAUUUAUUCAGGUUAGUCUCAUUGACACUUUAUUUAGACUUUAUUUAUUCAGGUUAGUCUCAUUUGAGAUAAAAUCUACUUUUCAAUAGACAGCUGUCCAGGAAUGCAGUCUAGGGGAAAACCAUGCCACUCAGCUUGAAGGAAUAUUACAGCUAAAUGCACCGUUAUGCUACUAGACUAGAAGAUGUCAUAGGUGGUGUUCAGUGUAUAUACAGUCAGGUCCAUAAAUAUUUGGACAUUGACCAAGUUAUUAUUAUUUUAGCUGUCUACCACAGCAUAUUGGAGUUGAAAUUAAAUAAUUUGAGGGUAUUUACAUCCAAAUGGGGUGAACGGUGUAGGAAUUACAGCACUUUUUGUAUGUGGUCCCCCCCUUUUUAAGGGACCAAAAGUAAUUGGACAAUUGGCUGCUCAGCUGUUCCAUGGCCAGGUGUGUGUUAUUCCCUCAUUAGUUAAUUUACAAGUAAGCAGAUAAAAGGUCUAGAGUUGAUUUCAACCGUGGUAUUUGCAUUUGGAUUUUGCUGUUAACCCUCAAUAUGAAGUCCAAAGAGCUGUCACUGCCAGUGAAGCAAGCCAUCAUUAAGCUGAAAAAUCUAAAGAAACCCAUCAGAGAGAAAGCAAAAACAUUAGUUGUGGCCAAAUCAACUAUUUGGUACAUUCUUAAAAAGAAAGAACACACUUGUGAGCUCAGGAACACCAAAAGGCCCGGAAGACCAUGGAAAACAACUGUGGUGGAUGACAGAAUCAUUAUUUCCCUGGUGAAGAAAAGACCCUUCACAACAGUUGGCCAGAUCAAGAACACCCUCCAGGAGGUAGGCGUAUCUGUGUCAAAGUCAACAAUCAAGAGAAGACUUCACCAGAGUAAAUACAGAGGGUUUACCACAAGAUGUAAACCAUUGGUAAGCCUCAAAAACAGGAAGACCAGAUUAGAGUUUGCCAAAAAAACAUCUAAGAAAGCCUGUACAGUUCUGGAACAACAUCCUACGGACAGAUGAGACAAAGAUCAACUUGUACCAGAAUGAUGGGAAGAGAAGAGUAUGGAGAAGGGAAGAAACUGCUCAUGAUCCGAAGCAUACCACCUCAUCUGGGAAGCAUGGUGGAGGUAGUGUUAUGGCGUGGGCAUGUAUGGCUGCCAAUGGAACUGGUUCCCUUGUAUUUAUUGAUGAUGUGACUGCUGACAAAAGCAGCAGGAUGAAUUCUGAAGUGUUUAGGGCUAUAUUAUCUGCGCAGAUUCAGCCAAAUGCUUCAAAACUCAUUAGACGGCGCUUCACAGUGCAGAUGGACAAUGACCCGAAGCAUACUGCGAAAGCAACCCAAUACUUUUUUAAGGCAAAGAAGUGGAUUGUUCUGCAAUGUCCAAGUCAAUCACCUGACCUGAAUCCAAUUGAGCAUGCAUUUCACUUUCUGAAGGCAAAACACCCCAAGAACAAGCAGGAACUGAAGACAGCUGCAGUAAAGGCCUGGCAGAGCAUCACCAGGGAAGAAACCAACAUCUAGUGAUGUCUAUGGGUUCCAGACUUCAGGCAGUCAUUGACUGCACAGGAUUUGCAACCAACUAUUACAAUUCACAAUUUAAUUUAUGAUUAUGUUAUUUUGUCCAAUUACUUUUGAGCCCAUAAAAUUGGGGGGCUAUGUAUAAAGAUGGUUGUAAUUCCUACACGGUUCAUACAAUAAUUUUGUCAAAACCCUUAAAUCAAAGAUGAAAGUCUACACUUAAAGCACAUCUUGAUUGUUUCCUUUCAAAUCCAUUGUGGUGGCGUACAGAGCCAAAAUGAUGCAAAUUGUGUCACUGUCCAAAUACUUAGGGACCUGACCGUAUAUGCCGUUCGUUUUCUCCAUAAAGGUUCAGUAUAGUAAAUAUUUAACCAGAGGUCUUUGUCAUUGUGUGUGUGGUAACAGUGGAUCAAAUCGUUGGACGACAGAGGACAGACGUACUACUACCUGAGAGAUGGCUCUAGAUCCCAGUGGAACCUGCCUGAGGUAGAGAUCAAGAUUAGAAAACACCCAUAGCGAGUAUGAAAUGAAAGAUCUUUCACGUGAACAGAUUGAACUAAAUUUGCCUAUAGCAAAGAGAACAUUCUGUUAAUAUUACUCCUCUUCAUUCCCAUUGGAACACAGGGCCACAGUGAGCUCCUCCCAUUCUUCCUGUCCUUAGCAACAUGUUGUGCAUGGCUUAAUGAGAGGUUCAUCUUGGCCUGCUCGUCCACAUGGUUUAGAUCAGUAUUUUCCUCAUGUAGAUGUGAAAGGUUUCUCCAGUGUGAACAUGCAUUUCUCCAUUAUCAUUUGACCAACCCAGGCCCCUGUAGUGUCACGCCAGUCCAAGAUGGGGAACGGUUUUGAGCUGGAAGGGGUCUCUUUAUCGGUCAUGAAGAACUGGAGACACACCGUGGGUGCAGCUUAUGUCAGCUCAGCCCUGGAGGAGGGGGUGAGGACUAAUAACACAGGAACAUUAACACACCUCACGUCCCCCAAACCAGAGCCCACCAAGGUAGAGCUAUGAGGUACAGUCGGCGUGUCAGCUGGCUCUGACCACAGUGUUCAUUAAGGCAGAGUGAAGUGACUGAGCGCCAUAUGAAACCCCUGACCCUCAGCUCUCAUACUGAGCCCCCCUGACACCGUUUCCCAAAAGAGAGAGCGCCAAGCACCUGGGACAACUUCUAUUACAUUUCACUUGUAGUCUUCUGUGUGUUCAGUAUUUUAUACUGCAUAUAUAACAGAGUAGACAGUGUACCACAACAGAGUAGACAGUGUACUAUGACAGAGUAGACAGUGUACUAUGACAGAGUAGACAGUGUACUGUAACAGAGUAGACAGUGUACUAUGACAGAGUAGACAGUGUACUAUGACAGAGAGUAGACAGUGUACUAUGACAGAGUAGACAGUGUACUAUGACAGAGUAGACAGUGUACUAUGACAGAGUAGACAGUGUACUGUAACAGAGUAGACAGUGUACUAUGACAGUGUACUAUGACAGAGUAGACAGUGUACUAUGACAGAGUAGACAGUGUACUAUGACAGAGUAGACAGUGUACCACAACAGAAUAGUUUCUGUACUAUAACAGAGUAGACAGUGUACCACAACAGAGUAGAUUAUGUACUAUAACUGAGUAGGUUGUGUACUAAAACAGAGCAGACAGUGUACCACAUUAGAGCAGACAGUGUACCACAUCAGAGUAGACAGUGUACCACAUCAGAGUAGACAGUGUACCACAUCAGAAUAGACAGUGUACCACAUCAGAGUAGACAGUGUCCCACAUCAGAGUAGACAGUGUCCCACAUCAGAGUAGACAGUGUCCCACAUCAGAGUAGACAGUGUACCACAUCAGAGUAGACAGUGUACCACAUCAGAGUAGACAGUGUACCACAUCAGAGUAGACUGUGUACCACAGCAGAGUAGACUGUACUAGAAAAGAUUAGACAGUGUACUAUAACAGAGUAGGUUGUGUGCUAUAGCAGAGUAGACAGUGUACCACAACAGAGUAGACAGUGUCCUAUAACAGAGUAGACAGUGUACCUCAACAGAGUAGACAGUGUACCACAACAGAGUAGACAGUGUACCACAUCAGAAUAGACAGUGUACCACAUCAGAGUAGACAGUGUCCCACAUCAGAGUAGACAGUGUCCCACAUCAGAGUAGACAGUGUCCCACAUCAGAGUAGACAGUGUCCCACAUCAGAGUAGACAGUGUCCCACAUCAGAAUAGACAGUGUCCCACAUCAGAGUAGACAGUGUCCCACAUCAGAGUAGACAGUGUACCACAUCAGAGUAGACAGUGUACCACAGCAGAGUAGACUGUGUACCACAGCAGAGUAGACAGUGUACCACAUCAGAGUAGACUGUGUACCACAGCAGAGUAGACUGUACUAGAAAAGAUUAGACAGUGUACUAUAACAGAGUAGGUUGUGUGCUAUAGCAGAGUAGACAGUGUACUAUAACAGAGUAGGGUGUGUGCUAUAGCAGAGUAGACAGUGUACCACAACAGAGUAGACAGUGUCCUAUAACAGAGUAGACAGUGUACCUCAACAGAGUAGACAGUGUACCACAACAGAGUAGAUUCUGUACUAUAACAGAGUAGAUGGUGUACUAGAAAAGAUUAGACAGUGUACUAUAACAGAGUAGGUUGUGUACUAUAACAGAGUAGACCGUGUACUCUGUGGUAUGAUUAAGUGAUUGCAGACGCAAGGAAGUUAGGAACUAUGCAGGGGUUUUUUUCUAUGUAGAUUUUAGUCACAUUGCAACAAAUUAAAGCAUCCAUUAUUCUUCUCCUGUUGGGCAAAAGUUCUUCCCGACUCACAGAAUAAACGCCUCGGACUACGACUCCAGUGCUGACAACUCUCCGGAGAUGGGGCAGCACCACGUGAGUUCUCGUCCUCCUGUCCUGUCGUCCUGUCCUCCUCACCUGUCCUCCCCAGUCUGCUGAUCCUCAUCAGGUUAGAUCAGCCCUGGGUCAAUUGAAAUGACAGUUCUGUUCUAACUCAAAUGACAGUUCUGUUCUAACUCAAAUGACAGUUCUGUGAUGCCCCAGCUAGAGCACUGUUUUGUCUUUUCCUGAAGGCUGAUUGGUUUAGACUCCGAAGAAGCCCCUCCAAUCAGAGCCCAGAGCCUCAGCGGCACAAUGUGUUUUUUUUAAAUAUCUAACCACUGCCUUGAUAGAUACUAUAUAAUACAUGCAUGCUAUCUAUCUAAGGGCUAAUGGUGUGAUGUACUAAUGGUGUGAUGUACUGGUAGAAUAGUAGUUGCUUGGGACUAUCAUGCUAUGGCAUAGCUACCCCUGAGAGAGUGGGAAACAGAUGUCACUUGGGAAAUUGUAUAUUUCUUGGUAUAUUAAUAGAUUUCCCUUUUGUAGCUGAUGUUACAUCACCUUUGGCAAACUGUCAGCCAAAACCACCAACUGCCACACCACGACAUCACACCUCACUACACCCUGAAAGAAAGCAGGCAAUAGUCGAAAAUGUCUGUGCUUUCAUCCCAUCCAUGCUGUUCAUUAUAAAACAUAGAGGUAGAGUUGUCUGUUCACGAGCCUUGACAAAGUAGCUUGUUGUGAGAGUUUAGCCACAGUUGUCAAAUCCACCUGUUGCUUUUUUGUGCAUUUCUGUAAGUAGAGCCUAAGGUUAGUAUCAAUGCACCUAUAAUGAUGUCUCACUUGAACACUUGGCUUCACAUACAUAAAAGCAUGUUAUGUUUGGAUCCUUUUUCAGGUGCAGAGUUUAGAAAAAGCUGGAAUUCUCAACAAAACUAAAGUAUCAGAGAACGGGAAAAGAGUAAGGUAAUUCUGACCUCAUCCAAAGUCUUGGCAUAAUUGCUCACAUGAAAGACAUGGAAACAAGUGAUGGAAUUAUCAGCCAUGAACUUGAAUCAUCCAUUACAUUACCAAAUUAUUUUCUACACUGCAACAUUCCCUGAAGUACAGUAAAGCUCACACUCAGUGACCUUCCUGUAGGAAAAACUGGGCCCAGUCAUGGACGGUUCUUCACGGAGGGGUUCUGACCUUCCAUAAAGAGCCCAAGUCUGCAGCCAUGGGAGCCUCUGUGAGUGAGAGGUGUACAUGUGUUACCUGCACAGAUAAAUAACUCUAACAUCACCUUGGUUACACAUUCCCUCAACUGACUGUGUGGGAACUCUACAUUCCUGUUCUGGCAUAUUCAGUACUUUUCUGAUGGAGGGAGGGAACUAACAGCUUUGAGACAUAAGCACCGAGCUGAACACCUAGACAUGGUCUCAGAAACAUCUACAGUAAAAUGUUUGACUGUGUCUUAUUAGAAGGAAUGAAAGAAAAUGCUGUGAACAUCUUAGAUUAUAACACGCAGGAUGUUGUGUUGAAGCUAUGACAGAGGGACGGCUCAGCACAGACAAGCCCUGAAGGCUCUAUGAGGCACGACAGUCAGAGCUUUGUUCAACUGUCUGAUUUCAUGGAAUGCAGUGCUGUCAGUUUUCAUCAACUGGUCCUCCAUGAUGUCUUUAUCUCUUCACAGAUCAAGACCAAUCAGAUCGUUCCAGAGGUCACGGUGGAUCUACGAGGGGCAACGAUUGGCUGGGCUCCCAGGGAUAAAUCCAGCAAAAAGAAUGUUGUAGAGGUGAGUUGACAGUUGGUUGCUAUGGAAUCAUAAUAGGAGUUGUACUAAAUACAGCAAAGACAAUCCUGACAGGAUUGACUUCAUUCAAGCAUACCAAUUUCCUGCCCAUUGUGAUAAGUGAUUCUAGGAAGCAACAUGUGAGAAUAAAUGUGCCAUUAAUCCAAGACUGUUACCCUCUGUAUAAAUCUAUAAAGCAAAUGUUUAACGUCAUAAUAAACUCUGUUGUAUGUUGUCUUCAGUUGAAAGACAAAAAUGGCCUUGAGUUUCUACUACAGUACGACACUGAGAGUAUCAUCAACGACUGGCACAAAGUUCUAAUGGACACCAUUCGACAGCUGGUAAGUUUCUUGAAUGUUUGGAAGUAAAUGAACUCGCACACCUUAACAUGCUACCAGGUGCAUGGAGACAAAUAUGUACUGGAUAAAAAGAAAAACUCCUUGAUGAAGGUAAAUUUAGGUCGGUUAACCUAAUGGCUGCUGGUUCAAACAUCAUGCAUGUUAGCCAAUGACAUUGCAGGGCCAGGAACACCACCAAUCUGAGGAGGAGGAUGGGGACGUCAGUGAGAAGUCCUCCAGUACAGAUAGAGAUGACAGGUCACCAGGCACCAUGGACAGAAGGAGGAGUUGUAAGUUAUCCCUGCUCCAAAUACUCUGUAGCAGACGUUUCAUCUGCAAUAGCCUCCGCCAGGUCAAAUUGCUCAUGUUUCGUGACUGUGUGUAACCCCCCCCCCUCUUCCUCCUCCUUGUCUUCCUUCUCCUCAUCCUCCCUCUCCUCCCCCUCCUCCUCCCCAGCUUCCAGACCGACCACGGCCACCUUCUCUGGGGGAGAGACGGAUCAGAAGAAGGUUCGUACCAAGCUGAUCAAGUUCCUCCUGAAACGACCCACGCUGCAGUCCGUCAAGGAGAAGGGUUACAUCCGAGGUGGGCUCAUAGGGUCUUCAUUCCUGCAAUGCAGCACAUGCCUAACUGGCUCCAAAUCAGGCUACAUUACAUUUACUGUUAGGAUUUGUCACGACUAUGUUACUAAUCCAGAGAGAGAGAGAUAUGAUUUGAAUGAGUCAAUAAAGUUUGUUCAAAUCUUCUGUUGUGGUUGUGAUAUGGGUCAGGAUUGGGGUUAAGAGAAUUGAAGCAUUGAACGAAUUGGAAUUUCAGUGUACUUCCUGAAUUGACUGGAAUUGAAAUGGAAUUGACCCCAACCCUGAUACGGGUCAACAUCAUAUAUACUAUACACACUAACCUCCAUCAUCCUUUCCCUCAGACAAUGUGUUUGGCUGUCAUCUGGCUGCACUGUGUGCCCAGGAGAAAACUACAAUCCCCAGCUUUGUGAAGAAAUGUAUCCGAGCAGUGGAAAAGAGAGGUAAUGAUUAGUAAUCACACUGAUGAUGAUUAUGUUAUAUGCCAGCAAUAACAUUGUAAUAGCAGUGUAUUAUUCAGCACAGUGUAUACGGUAAUAGAAAAAAAGUUACCACAGUAAUUGAUUGACCCCGAUGCUGAUGUGUGUGUGGCUUCACAGGUCUGGACAUGGAUGGACUCUACAGAGUCAGUGGGAACCUAGCUGUCAUUCAGAAACUACGCUUCAAGGCAGAUCAUGGUAAUGCCUUCACAUUUACCGUGUGUGUGUGUGUGAGAUUAGGGCUGUUACGGUGACCGUAUUACCGCCUCACCGACAGUCACAAGUCAUUAUGGCAGUCAAAUUCCAUGUGACCGUUUAGUUUAACUAGGCUUCUCCAAGCUCUGAUGCUGCUGAUGGUCAUUAGUAGCCUACCAAACUUGCUGACUGCCUGGUACUCAGCACUCUAUUGUCCCUCUAAUCACUCUGACAUCAAUGCAAAUGUCAUCGAAAAUAAAAUCAAACACUUCAUAAGAGCCCAUGAGCUCAUGUUGUGCAACAUUUCUAUAGGCUAUGCAAUUGCGUGAGAAAACAGAGUGAUGUCCUCUACUAAAAAGAGGAGGAUCCCAUCAGCUUUCUAUAGGCUAGGCCUACUAUAUUUAUUUCUCAACUUUCCUAAUAUUAAGCACAUUGUUUCGCUUUACAACAGGAGUAUAGCCUACCUGGCUGGCAUGAACAUGAACCACUGGAAAAGCAUCCUCCAUUCUCUAUUUAAGUGCAUAGACGACAUGUAUUUUUUUCCCCGCUGCCCCUGUUUUGAGACAGGUGCAUGAUAAUGUUCCAUUCUAAAUCAAAACAAAUUUCAGAUAUAUUAUUUAGUAUAUGUAAAGACAAUAAUUAAAUCAAGAAUAGUGUGAUGGGUGACAAUAUUAGCCUAUCACUUGUGAAUGAUAUAUUAUCACUUGUGAAUGAUGCCCAGCUUAAGGCAAACAGCGCAUGCUUUUUUCCCCGACUAUUUCAAAUCAGUCGCACACCUCAUGUAGCCUAGCCCAUAGGCCUAUAUGUUUUGAUAAGGUUUGUAUCACAACUAAAGUGGCCAAAUAACUUCUUAAAAUGUCGCACAGAAUAUAAUAGGUUAACUUUUGUACUAUGGGGGAUAGUAGAUUGACAUAGGCUAGUGCUUUUGCUGUUCGUUAGGACUACUCAUUUUGUUGGCUGACGAAAAGUAAAUGUGGACAGUUCUUCCAAUAUCUUCAAUAUGCGCCUCGGAAUUGGAUAAGGACGCGUGCAGUUGAUUCCCGGAUGUGUCCGUAUUCACUUGUAGCCUGUGAGAAAGACCCGAUGAUCACGCAGAGCUCAUGCCUUUCAUGCAACUUUUUUCAAAUCAUCAUUUGAAAAAAGUCGCACCAUGCAGCCUUACAAUGUAAAAAAAUCGAAACAUAUUGCCCAACAUUUGUAUCACAACUAAAGUUACAUAAUAACUCUAAAUUAAGCAUAUAGGAGUACCUGUUUCUUUGUUAACUAAUCAACACAGAAUAGCCGCAUGUACACACUCCCUCAAACCGUUUGAAAAUAUCCUUUCUAUUUUAUUCAGCUAUGUUCAAUUGUAUUCUUCAUACUAUAAAAUAAUAUAAAAUAAUGCUACGGAAUUCUAAGCAAAUCUUGUCUGUUAAAUGAAGUAGUUUAGCCCACAGCUAUUUGGCAUAGCCAGAUCAGGGCCUAACAUAAGGACAACUCAGCGUAUGCUAUUCUGUUCUUCUGAAAUAGACUAACAUUUUCUUUAGACCUGUCUAAAAUAAAUAAUGGAUUUAUUGUGAAGGUGUAGGCUAUAUUACAUGGAUUUCUUAGACUUUUUUAAAUGUAGAUGUUCCAAAGGUCUGCAUCAGUGGCUUGUAGGCUAUGUGUGAAAGACGGGAGAUACUAAAAGUGUUUAUGUUAAUUAAUGGUUAAUUAUCGUGAGACCGGCAGUUAUUUGCUUGACAAUCACCGGCUGACAAAAUGUCAUGACCGCCACAGCUCUACUCCUACCAGCCACAGCUCUACUCCUACCAGCCACAGCUCUACUCCUACCAGCCACAGCUCUACUCCUACCAGCCACAGCCCUACUCCUACCAGCCACAGCUCUACUCCUACCAGCCACAGCCCUACUCCUACCAGCCACAGCCCUACUCCUACCAGCCACAGCUCUACUCCUACCAGCCACAGCCCUACUCCUACCAGCCACAGCCCUACUCCUACCAGCCACAGCCCUACUCCUACCAGCCACAGCUCUACUCCUACCAGCCACAGCCCUACUCCUACCAGCCACAGCCCUACUCCUACCAGCCACAGCCCUACUCCUAUCAGCCACAGCUCUACUCCUACCAGCCACAGCUCUACUCCUACCAGCCACAGCCCUACUCCUACCAGCCACAGCUCUACUCCUACCAGCCACAGCCCUACUCCUACCAGCCACAGCCCUACUCCUACCAGCCACAGCCCUACUCCUACCAGCCACAGCUCUACUCCUACCAGCCACAGCUCUACUCCUACCAGCCACAGCCCUACUCCUACCAGCCACAGCCCUACUCCUACCAGCCACAGCCCUACUCCUACCAGCCACAGCUCUACUCCUACCAGCCACAGCCCUACUCCUACCAGCCACAGCCCUACUCCUACCAGCCACAGCUCUACUCCUACCAGCCACAGCCCUACUCCUACCAGCCACAGCCCUACUCCUACCAGCCACAGCCCUACUCCUACCAGCCACAGCCCUAUGUGUGGUUGUGUGUCUUUCUAUUUCUGUUCCGUGACGUCCAGAGGGUGGUUAUACGUUUUGUGAAAACUGUUUUGUGUUAUCUUCCAUAUUGUUUUAUGUGUUCCACUGGUGUGGCUGAAUAUUGUUUUAUGUGUUCCACUGGUGUGGCUGAAUAUUGUUUUAUGUGUUCCACUGGUGUGGCUGAAUAUUGUUUUAUGUGUUCCACUGGUGUGGCUGAAUAUUGUUUUAUGUGUUCCACUGGUGUGGCUGAAUAUUGUUUUAUAUGUUCCACUGGUGUGGCUGAAUAUUUUUUUAUGUGUUCCACUGGUGUGGCUGAAUAUUGUUUUAUGUGUUCCACUGGUGUGGCUGAAUAUUGUUUUAUGUGUUCCACUGGUGUGGCUGAAUAUUUUUUUAUGUGUUCCACUGGUGUGGCUGAAUAUUGUUUUAUGUGUUCCACUGGUGUGGCUGAAUAUUGUUUUAUGUGUUCCACUGGUGUGGCUGAAUAUUGUUUUAUGUGUUCCACUGGUGUGGCUGAAUAUUGUUUUAUGUGUUCCACUGGUGUGGCUGAAUAUUUUUUUAUGUGUUCCACUGGUGUGGCUGAAUAUUGUUUUAUGUGUUCCACUGGUGUGGCUGAAUAUUGUUUUAUGUGUUCCACUGGUGUGGCUGAAUAUUGUUUUAUGUGUUCCACUGGUGUGGCUGAAUAUUGUUUUAUGUGUUCCACUGGUGUGACUGAAUAUUGUUUUAUGGGUUCCACUGGUGUGGCUGAAUAUUGUUUUUAAAUGUACAAAUAAAACAUAUAAAAUCAAAAAGUAAUUGUGUUCCACAGAGGAGCUGGACCUGGAGGACGGCCAGUGGGAGGACAUCCACGUCAUCACAGGCGCUCUGAAGCUGUUCUUCAGGGAGCUUCCUGAACCCCUUUUCCCCUUCAGUCACUUCAGCCGCUUCAUCCAGGCCAUCAGUAAGCAGCAGGCCGAACACUGUGCUGUGGCUCCCUAAUGCAACCUCCAUUUCCUCAUUCAGUGUAGUGUAGUCGGAAACCGUGUUAAGCAUUAGCCCCACAAGGCCACCUCAGUUUCCUCACACUGUUAAGCUAUUACUUCACUAUCAAGGAAGGACUAAUCAUGUUUACCACCUCACUUUCCUGUUUAAUAAGCAUUGGAGAUAUACAUUGUAACACACUUGUGCCCUUGAAUCUAUACAUUAGUGUAACGUUUAUUGUUCUAUCCUGUCUUGUUUACAGGAACUGUUGAUUACCACCUCAAAGUGUCUUACAUGCGAGAGCUGAUCGAGUCUCUCCCUCGGCCAAACCAUGAUACCAUGGAACUCCUCUUCAGCCAUUUACACAAGUAUGUCUUUCACACUCACAUUUUGCAUGUGUCUCAAAUGGCACCCUAUCUGCUAUGUAGAGCACUAUUUUAAACCAGAGCCCUAUUGUAUUGAUGAUAUAAUGAUAACUGAUUGUAUUCUGCUUCUCUCUCUCUCUCUCCCACUCCCUCUCUCCCUCUCCCUCUCUCUCCCUCUCUCUCCCCCUCCCUCUAUCCCCCUCCCCGUCCCUCCUCUCAUCCCCCUCCCAUACCCUCCCCUCCCAGUCCCAACCUCCCUCCCUCCCUCCCUCCUCUCUCACCCCUUCCCUUCCCUCCCUCCCUCCCCGUCUCUCCCCUCCCCCUCCUCCUCUCUCCCCUCCCCUCCCUCCCUCUCUCCCACCCCCUCCCUCUCUCUCUCCCCCUCACAUCCCUCUCUCUCUCCCCCGCACUCCCUCUCUCUCCCCCCACUCCCUCACUCUCUCCGUCCCCCUGCCAUCUCUCUCUGCCCCCCUCCCUCUCUCCCUCCCCCUCCCUCCCUCCCCUUCCCCCUCCCUCAAAAAAGGAAACCCCCCUCCCUCCCCUUCCCUCUCUCCCCCCCCCUCCUCCAUCUUAUCUCUCGUUCACUCACUCCUCUUCUCCCCCCCUCUCCCUCUCAUCCCUCUCUCUCUCCCCUCCCUCUCUAUCCUCCCUCCAUCUCUCUCACCCUCUCCUCUCCCUCCCCCUCUCUACCUCUCUCUCUCCCACUCACUCCUCUCUCUCUCCCUCCCUCUCUCUCUCCCCCUCACUCCCUCUCUCUCCCCCUCCCUCUUUCUUUCUCUCUCGCUCUCUCUUUUUCUCUCCCGCCUCUUUCUUUCGCUCUCUUCCCACCCUCUCUCUCUCCCCUCCCCCCUCUCUCAGAGUGAUAGAGUAUGGACAGGAGAACCGUAUGACUGUGCAGAACGUUGCUAUUGUCUUUGGUCCGACGCUGCUCCGGCCAGAGAUGGAGUCAGCCAAUAUCACCAUGCACAUGGUUUUCCCGAACCAGAUAGUGGAGCUAGUCCUCAACCAAUACGAAUACAUCUUCCAUUCCAGUUGA